UUUAAUUCUUUUUAAACUCAACGCCUUAUGUAUUAGUGUAUUACGAAGUACUUCUACUCUAUUUCUCUUUCUCUCUCUUCUCACGCUUCAUAGUAAAUUAGUAAUGGCUAGUCCACCAAUUGGAGAAAUUACAUUAGCAAAGCUAAAGCAAGGAUCUCUUCUUUGGUUUCAUGGUUUCAAAGAGGCUUGUUGCGUUCAUAGAGUUGCUAUUCUCUGUUACAGGUCUAAAAGCCUUUUGGUUCGAACUAGUCAAUGUUUUCUCUUCAAUGGAUUUAUUUUUCUGGGCAGUGUAUAUAUAUUGAAAGCAUUUCUUGUUCCUAUGUUGGAAUGGAUAUUGCCAUCUCAAUGCCCUCAUAUUAUGUAUGAUGAUGUAUGGAGAUAUGGAGUGAUUUUGACUAUUUAUUCGACAAUGCGAAAACUUCUGAUUCAACUCAUCUAUCUGGUGUGGUUCUAUCCAUUGUACGUGUCCAGCAUUAUACUGAGCAAUAUCUGGUACAAUGAUAUAGCUAAGCAUGGGUUUAUUGCUAUGGGGAAACAUAAGCAUUCAACAGCACCGAUGGCAGGUGAAAAAGAGGCAUCAAUUGCACAAAUUCCUGGUUCAGAUAAAUCUGCUGGUCUUGGAGGGAUCAUGAUCGGAAUAGGAGAGCAAGUCUACUCAAUUCUUCUCCUGAGCUUCUUCUUCCUAGAGGUUUUUGCCACUGGUUUCAUACCAUAUGCUGGGAAAGCACUCAAUUUCUUGCUACUCUCCUGGAUGUAUGCUUACUACUGUUUUGAGUACAAAUGGAAUCUUUCAGGAGUUACACUUGAUCGAAGGCUGGACUUCUUUGAGUCCAAUUGGGCAUUUUUUGCUGGUUUUGGAAGUCCAUGUGUGCUGGCAAUUUUCUUUUUCCCUCCUCUGGAGAGCUAUGCUGUCAUGGCCACUCUUUUUCCUCUGUUUGUUUUGACAGCAACAGGUUCAGAUGCUGAUAAUCUAGUAUCUUCACCAAGGAAGCAGUGGCUUGGCAUAGGAUUAGGAAGGGUUCCUAUAUUUUGUGGCGCUGAUACUGUCUCGAUGAAGGUCUUGUCUUUCCUCCCUUUGAGAUCGCAGGAGCUGAACCAAGGAAAGAAGGCACUUUAAGAAAUUCUUAACAAUUAAUGAAAAUCUCAAGUGAGUCUAUUACAAAAGUGUCAUUCUGGAGGAAUCAAGUGCUCGUGCUCAUUCUUUUGUCUUCCUCUUACUUUACAUAGUUUGAGGAUAUUUUAUUCAUUUUUUCUCUCUUCUAACAUUUUUUUUUUCUAAUGUCAAUUUGUAAUGUUCCUUUGUAAUCAGGGGAAGAUCAUCAAUUUCUUUUUUCUCUCUUAUCAAUAUUGUACAUAUAACAACUUAUAUACAAAUAAUACAAUGUAUAGAGCUUUAAGAACUAGUGUGCAACUUGGGUGAUAACAACUUUUGUACAAUAUAAUGAUGUAUAUACUAUACGAUAUGAGUUCUUGCUUUCUUAAUA